AUGAUUUAUUAUGUUGCAUUGAUAGUGGCCACCACUCAACGACCAACUUUUGCAGAACAAGUGGUACUGGAUGAAACUCGGUUUAGUAAUCCUUCGUCGUUCGACUACAGUUUCUACGAUGACGAUGAUAAUGUGGCAGAUAGCAAUGACAUCUACGAUGAACUUGUUCCUUACUUACCUGGUUUCAAUGUGCAUAAAAAUGGUGUCGACAUCGGUUACACAAGGGUACCAAUUGUUACUCGAAAAGCUGCUCUAUGGUCAACACAAACGACUCGUCCGUCAAAUUCCGGAACUUAUCGUGGUUGGCAUACUACUCCGAUUCCAAGGUACGGAACACCAGCAAAUCAUCCGAUCUACGAACUUAACACUAUUGAGUAG